AAAGAAAACUGAAAAGUAGCAUUAAUCAUUUGACACACCCACCCGCUUAUUUUCCGGACCCACCCGUUUAGAAAUCCUUCUCAACACCCAAAUUCCGAAUUCUCAAAACACCAAAAAACAAGGCGGGAACACCGGCACCUGAAAAUUUUCGAAUCCACGCGCUUCCGCUAUAGAAACAAAUUUCCCAAAACAUAACCAAAUUUUCAAACCACUUUUCCGCUCAAAAAAGAUAAAAAAACUUAAAAUAAAACCCUCUCUCAUUCUCACUCUUCUUCAUUCAUUCACUUUUCAAUCUUCUUCACUAUGGAACCAAAGAGCGUUAACCCCACGCGCCGCCCUCAACGUGAAGCAAAGAAAAAAGCCGUAGCUGCACUAUGCGAACAACAACGCAAACGAAAACGCGUUCCUCUCGGUGAAAUAACAAACGACGUUAACACAAACGCAAACGCAAACGCAAACGAUGUCGUUUUACCAACGCAGAAGAAACGAAACGUUUCUACUUCAUCAAACUCCGAUGGAACUCCGGUACCGGAGAAAUUGGAGAAAUUCGAAGAUCCUCAGUUAUGUGAAACUUAUGUUUCUGAUAUUUACGAUUAUCUUCGUAAUAUGGAGGUUGAUUCUAGUAAGAGGCCAUUAUGUGAUUACAUACAGAAAGUUCAGAGGGAUGUUAAUGCGAGUAUGAGGGGUGUUCUUGUGGAUUGGUUGGUUGAAGUUGCUGAAGAAUACAAGCUUGUUUCAGAUACGCUUUAUUUUUCGGUUUCUUAUAUCGAUCGGUUUUUGUCAUUGAAUGAUUUAACUAGACAGAAGUUGCAAUUACUUGGUGUUGCUUCGAUGUUGGUUGCUUCAAAAUAUGAAGAGAUUAAGCCACCUGAGGUUGAGGACUUUUGUUACAUUACGGACAAUACAUACUCCAAGGAAGAGGUUUUGACCAUGGAGGCUGAUAUUUUGAAGUCAUUGAAGUUUGAAUUGGGUGGUCCUACAAUAAAGACAUUCCUAAGAAGAUUCAUCACUAAAGUUGGUCUAGAGGGUGUUGAUGCUUCUGAGUUGCAGUUUGAGUUCCUUUGCUCUUACCUUGCUGAGCUCAGUUUGUUGGAUUAUAAUUGUGUGAAAUUCUUGCCUUCUAUGGUGGCUGCAUCAGUUGUAUUUCUUGCACGUUUUAUGUUAAGCCCGAAGACUCAUCCUUGGAAUUCCGCCAUCUACGAAUUCACCAGAUAUAAACCUGCAGACUUGAAGGAAUGUGUUCUAAAUAUACAUGACUUGUACCUUGGUAGGAAAGGUGGCUCUUUGCAAGCUGUGAGAGAUAAAUACAAACAGCAUAAGUUCAAAUGCGUGGCAACAACACCCUCUCCCCCGGAGAUAUCUCUUUCAUUUUUUGAAUUUAGAGGGGCUGAUCCUUAGUCAACCACGUCUUGAUUUUUCUUGCUAUGGCUCUUUAGUUUCAACUACUGGCAGAGGCAUGGACAAAAUGGUCUCCUAACUUGAAGAUUGAAGUGAUUUGCUAAUGCUGAUUGAGGGUUUUGCCAUGAAAUACUAUGGCAUUUAAUGUAUCAAUUGCUGAUUGGUGGGUAUGCCUUGAAAUAUAUAUAGUUCCUAUUAGUUUGAAUUAGGUUUUCUUUUUAACAGUUUAGAAAUCUUUUUGCAAGUGUUAGUUCAAGGAAAUUUGAUUCUUUGUGUACAGAAAACUGCUAUAGGUUUUCAACGUAAUUUUCCAGUCAAUGAUGUUGUUCUAGCUCUGAUCUGCUGAAAUCAAAAUUUUGUCAUAAAAAUUGCUGGGUUGGUGACAUUAUCACAGCCAGUGAAAUAUCCAUUAUGGCAAAGGUCGUAUGUUUUAAAAUAGAAUAUGUUAAAUGAGAAA